AGCUAGCGCGGUGACGUAAUCUUGACGUCCGAGCAAAAAGGGUCUAUAGCUACGGGGCAGUUUUUUUUUGUUUUUUUUAUCUACAGAAAAGUGCAAAAGUGAAACUGAUCUAAACCACAAAACAAGAGAGCGUAGACUGCAACUACGAUCAGCCUUUGAAACAAAAUGGCCGCAACCAAAAGAGUGAUUUGUGACGCACUUGAAGAUCUUUUGGAAGAAGAUUUUGAAAAAUUCAAAUGGGAGCUGUGGAAUGGUGUAAUGCCAGACAUCACCCCCAUUUCUCGAGGACAGUUGGAAAAAGCUAAAAGCCAUGAUGUUGUGAAUCUCAUGGUGCAGCAGUACAGCCCUUCAGACGCCGGGAAGAUUGCAGUCAGAGCACUACGCAACAUUAAGCAAAAUGAGCUUGCUGUCCAACUGAAGGGAAAACUUCAGGAAGUUCCAGAGGACGUUUCUGCUGAAGGUGGAGCUUCAUCCGGUGCAGCGGCUGCAAACGCUUCAACUGCGGGAGUUAAACAGACCAUCUCUAACAGUGGAGGAACCGUAAAGGCUCAUGUUCUUCAUGGUGGUGUUUUUAACGGUCCAGUGAACUUCAGCUAAUGUUCAGGGAUCUAUCUAUCUUAUAACAAUGAUUUUAAUGACUAAAAUGGAAAGAAACUAAAGCAUUUGGUAUUUGGUGUUUGAUUAUUUAGACAGCUCGUAGUUUAAUAGGUAGCAUCCUUGUAUUUUAUGUUCAUUUACCACAGCCACAUAUAUUUUUAUACAUUAAACUAUAUGUGUAUUUUUUACAUUUUCAAUGUAUUUGAGCCUAAAUACAGUCUGAGUAAUUUUGAACAGCAACUCUCAAUUGGCAGCUUUCUAAAAAUACUGGUUAUGUGUGGAAUCUGAAUGACUAAUAACAAGCACAAUUUUUAUGUUGUGAAUGUCAUUUAUGUACUUCCUUGCCAAAACAUACAGGGGGCACCUGAGAAGGGGAGCUGCCAAUGUUUGUAUAACAUAUUCAUUAAAAACAGCUAUAAGCACAGAUUCAA